ACAUACUGGAAAAUAUUCAUAGGAUCCUCCAGUGGAAUUCCUUAAGAAUUCCAGAAGUCGUUUGCUAUGGGGACACGUUUGUAAAAAAAAAUCAUAAUUUUCGCUUAUUUUUCAUUUCCUGCCACUUCCUGAACAGUUACGUGUUGUGCGUGCGUUCUUGAUGCAGCAACGCGGGCAUUAGGGACGGAUGUAAGUGCUGUGAGUGCUAAAAUCGUGUAAAAGGCAGCUUGUGGGGUAAAGGAAGAAGACGCCUGUCAGGUUGGCCAGCCCCAAAAACAUCUUUUGUGCACCAAGACGGCAAUUUGUGGAGCUAAUUGAGUGAGAAGAGUUGAAAAUUGGCCGCCUAUUGCAGAGGGGGAGCGCCCCCGACAUUCCUGACGUGGUCAGUGAUUUGUUUUGGGUGUGAGACCUUGUGGCUGUGUGUGUGCGUGCGGUGCCAGUGAAAGUGAUCUUCGUGUUGCGUAGCUUGCCUCGGGCGUGAUGUUUUCGAAGAAGAAGAAAAAGCCCCAGAUUUCCCUGCCAUCGAACUUCGAGCACCGCGUCCACACGGGCUUCGAUAAGCGCGAGGGCAAAUAUGUGGGGUUACCGCUUCAGUGGGCCUCCAUUGUGGGCAACAACCAGAUCCUCAAGUCCACGAAUCGUCCGCUACCCCUUGUGGAUCCCUCAGAAAUUACUCCGACUGAAAUUCUCGACCUGAAGACCAUCGUUCGUCCGCACGGGAAUAAUAAUAUCGUCGCCCGGGCACCACCUCCGGUCGCCGAUGGCAAUAACGGGGCUAUAGUGCUGCCCAAGACAUCCCAUGUUGCACGAUCCAACUCCUUGCGCAGCUCUAGUCCACCCCGAAUGCGACGUGACAUCCGUGGGGCCGCCAAUGUGCCACCAUCCGUGCCAGAGGAGAUUUCGGCACCCUACACAGCAGCACGGCAUCCCAUGAAGCCUCCCAUGCAGCCCCCCGGCGACUGGCGACCACCCCACGGUGGCCCACAAUUCGACAAUCAGCCCAUGUAUCAGAACAACGUGGCUCCGCCGCUCAAUGGCAAUGCCACGGGGACUCACAUUGACCCCCAUGCGGGUUACUAUCGUCCCCAGCAGGUGUCGCCGGCCGCCAAUGCUGGAGCCCCUCCACGACCGGCCUAUCAUGGUGCCACUCCAACACAGCAAAUGCAUGGCUUUGCAGCCGGACAUCGGGCACCGCCUGAUCAGAACCAAAACGUCCAUCCGCACCAUCAUCAUCACCCGCCUGCUCCAGCCACAAAGCCCUACACGCGUACGUCCAACUCAAGUGCCGGGAAUGCCUCCACGGCUACCCACAGCACUACAACUACCGGCCAUGGGGCAACAGCAGCACCCAGUGGACCCAGUCCAAGUGGCAGCAAGCAAGAGCAACGACUCACGCACGAGCAGUUCCGCGCUGCACUUCAAAUGGUCGUCUCAGCUGGAGAUCCACGGGAGAAUUUGGAGAAUUUUAUGAAGAUUGGCGAAGGAUCAACGGGGACUGUUUGCAUUGCAACGGACAAGUCAACAGGACGUCAAGUCGCUGUGAAGAAGAUGGAUUUGAGGAAACAGCAGCGGAGGGAGCUGCUGUUCAAUGAGGUGGUCAUCAUGAGGGACUACCAUCAUCCCAAUAUUGUGGAAACCUACAGCAGCUUCCUCGUGGACGAUGAGCUCUGGGUCGUGAUGGAGUACCUCGAGGGGGGAGCUCUCACGGACAUUGUUACACAUUCCCGAAUGGAUGAGGAGCAAAUUGCCACAGUGUGCAAGCAGUGCCUCAAAGCAUUGGCCUAUCUUCAUUCACAGGGUGUCAUUCAUCGAGACAUUAAAUCCGAUUCAAUUCUCUUGGCAUCCGAUGGCCGUGUGAAGCUCAGUGAUUUCGGAUUUUGUGCUCAGGUGUCGCAGGAGUUGCCUAAAAGAAAAUCACUCGUGGGGACGCCGUACUGGAUGUCCCCGGAAGUGAUUUCUCGCCUACCUUAUGGGCCAGAAGUGGAUAUUUGGUCGCUGGGGAUAAUGGUGAUUGAAAUGGUGGAUGGUGAGCCGCCCUUCUUCAAUGAGCCACCCCUUCAGGCGAUGCGUCGAAUUCGGGAUAUGCUACCGCCGAAGCUGAAGAAUGCCCAAAAGGUGUCGCCGCGUCUUCAGAGCUUCCUGGAUCGUAUGUUGGUGCGAGAUCCGGCACAACGAGCAACGGCAGCUGAACUGCUGCAGCAUCCAUUCCUCCGUCAGGCAGGUUCCCCGUCACUUCUUGUUUCGCUCAUGAGACGCUCAUAGGAGAGUAAUCUCUCACUGGCCCGGACGUGCCUCUAAUUGGGUGCUUCCUGCGUCACAUUCGUGAGGGUGUUGCACCUCCUCUAGCGUAAGGUGUUUUGUUUACUUACCCAUACUCCCCAUUAAUGCUUCCCAACAACCCCUUUUCACCACCCCCACAGCAUUCUCCUUUCUUUUCAAGUGUAUCAAUCACGUAGCUUAAGCACGUGUGUCCACCAGACGACUACAUAUUGUAUUGUUUAACGCCGUCCGGUAGAUGUUUUAUUUUUAAUUAUGGUUAUCAGUUUUUUAAUUAACUUAUUUGAUAUAGUUUCUUUCUCAAUGUAGUUUUUGUCUCUUUGCAACUUUUCAACUUUUUUAUCAUUUUCUAUUUUAUUAUUAUUUAGUUAUGUUACAUGAAUGAGGAGAAUUUUAGGUAGUUUUUAAGUGUUUCCAAACUUCCGCGAAUUAAAUUAAAACUAAAAAGAAUAAUGUUUCUUGAGGAACAUUUUGAGGACUUGGCGCUAUUCUUUUCCUUAGAAAUCCGUGUGCCUUACAUUUAUAUCGCAAAUUCCAUCUUGAUAGAGUUUGAAAGAAAAAAAGACAAAAAAGUGCGAUUACAUUUAGAAUGCAUUUAUAAAAAAAAAUUGAUUAAUAAUAUUACAGUUUUUAAGGAUAUUUUUUAACACAGGAGAUUCAGUGCCUGGUUAUAGAAAUUGUUGGUGUCCAUAGAAAAGCAUUUUUUAUUUCAAUUUUGUAUUUUUAUUUGAGUAAAAUUUGCAAAUAUAAUAAAACUUAUAAAAAAUCUUUUUUUAGAUUUUUUUUAAAAGGAAAAUUAAUAAAUAUUUUUUUAUAAAGAAAAUUUGUAUAUUAUUUCUAGAAAAAAAACAAAGAAAAUGAAAAUAAAGAUAAUUUCACUGAAGGUGCGCCAACAUUUCUAGAACGGGGAUACUGUAAGAGUAUAAUAGGAUUAAAGUGUACAAAAUAAAACAAUAAAGAGCUUACAAUGGAGAGAGGAAAGUAGGAUUAAUUAUUUUAACAGGAUAAUUAAAUAAGAUUCUUAAUCUUAAGGUGACCAAAGGCAUUCCAAGGGACGCACUUUGCGACAAAAGCCCUCAAUUUUCGCGUAUAAAUUUUUUCAUGAUUUUUGAUGAAGGAUUAAUAAAUAAAUUGUAAUAAAA